AAGUAACCAUGCUACUGUUGAUGGGAGACAAGCGGUAAAGUUAUCUCAUUUACAUAUUGACGUCAUCACAAAACACAUCCAAGAUGGCGACAACAGACGCUGCAAUGAAGGAGGAAUCGAUAUCUGGAUUGAGUCGGGAAUUAGAAACCUUGAAAGCCAAAUUAGAAGAAGAAAGACAUAAGCUAAAUGACGUGGAAUUACGGUUAGUAUCGCAGAGACUAGAACUACUACCACAAUUUAAUAUGAAACCAAGAAGAGUUUUGAAAGGUCACCAAGGCAAAGUACUGGCUAUGGAUUGGUCACAGGAUAAAAGACAUGUUGUCAGCUCAUCACAAGAUGGAAAAAUGAUUGUAUGGGAUGCAUUCACUACAAAUAAGGAGCAUGCUGUUACUAUGCCAACAACGUGGGUGAUGGCUUGUUCAUAUGCACCUUCAGGAACUAUGGUAGCUUGUGGGGGACUGGACAAUAAAUGUUCUAUUUAUCAAUUGAGUCUAGAUGAAGAUGUUGCCAGUAAGAAACGCACAGUAGCCAUGCAUACAAGCUAUAUGUCAUGUUGUUCAUUUACAAAUUCAGAUCAACAGAUACUAACAGGAAGUGGUGACAGUACAUGUGCAUUGUGGGAUGUAGAAAGUGGUCAGUUAUUACAAAGUUUCCAUGGGCACAAUGCAGAUGUCAUGAGUCUUGACCUUUCACCUUCAGAAUCAGGAAAUACAUUUGUAUCAGGGGGAUGUGAUAAGCAAGCAUUAGUAUGGGAUAUGAGAACAGGGCAGUGUGUACAGUCAUUUGAUGGACAUGAGUCUGAUAUCAAUGCAGUCAGGUUUUUUCCAAGUGGUGAUGCCUUCGCCACUGCUUCUGAUGAUGCAACAUGUCGGUUAUAUGAUUUAAGGGCUGACAGAGAAGUGAAUAUUUAUACUAAAGAGAGUAUAUUAUUUGGAGCAACUUGUCUGGAUUUCUCUUUGAGUGGUCGUCUAUUAUUUGUUGGUUAUAAUGACUAUACAGUAAAUAUAUGGGAUACUUUAAAGGGUAUACGACUGGCUAUAUUGUAUGGCCAUGAAAACAGAGUUAGUUGUCUAUCAGUAUCACCAGACGGAACAUCUUUGUGUACAGGCAGCUGGGACUACACACUUAGAGUUUGGGCCUAA